AUGUCUACAGCCAAGGAUAAGUUUGCGCUCGCACAGAUACUGGCGAGGCGAAAGCAGAGCGCCAGUACGACUCGUCGCUCAGUGCAGAAGCCGUCUGUGCUAUUAGACUUGGGGCAAGUUUGGUGCAAAGUGGGAUACAUGGGCGAACCUUUGCCAAGGCACACAGUCCGGUCCCCGUAUGUCGGCUUGAGUUAUAAACUCCGAUUCGGGCAGCUGACAGACACGGAGACGAAGACAUUGAAGCAGACGCUCAAGACGUUCUUACGCACAGUCUGCUACGAGCUUCUACUAGUGGUUCCUAAUGAGAGUACCGUAGUUGUGUGCGAGAAUAACCUCCGCAGAUAUAUAGACUCGGAACUGUUGCUGGAUUUAUUGCUGGUUGAUUUUGGGUUUAAGACGGCUACCACCUUGCCCGUGUUGGGUUGUUGUAUGCUGUCCCAUGGACUCACCACUGGGCUUGUGAUUGACUGUGGAUAUAGCUCGAUCAGAGUGUUACCGUUUAUAUCUAGCUGCCCAUACACCGGUGCGUGGCAGGAAGUGCUUGUGGGCACACAGGCGAUAGCCAAAGAGAUGCUCGCAAGCUUGGAAGGUGCAAAGGAGGAGGAUUUGCCAUCUCUAGCUCAAAGUGCUGAUAUACUGGCGACAGACGAGAUGGCGAUGUUGAAACUAGUGGAGCAUACAGCCGUUGUAAUGCCCAGAGAAUACGAUGUACACAGUAGCGAUGUACCUGGAAUUGAACACAAUUUAAGUAGCACUGGAAGUAUGCAGCCUGUAAAGGUACUUAUUCCUGGGCAUUUGCGAGCCAUUGCAGGCGACGUAGUCUUCGGCCGGGGAGACGCGGACGGGCGAACGUUGACUGAGGCCAUCCUAGAUUCACUCCAAGCGGCGCGUUUACUAGCCAGUCUGAAAGAAGGCUUAGCAGCUGCCGAGCGCUUCGGAGGCGCAAAAAAACCAUCGGAGAUUGCAAUAAGACAGUCUAUUGGGGCUUCACCCGCCGUGCCGCUGUGCUUUGCGUGGGUGGGUGCGUCUGCCAUUCCCAGCGAUGUGGUCAACGCAAAAGGUGUGGACCUGUCGAGGUUUACGGCUGGGGAAUGUGAUAUAUACAGUACCGAAGCUCUGAUUGGCUGAGCGCUGUGUUUACCUACUGGCUAUUUAUAGAACAGUCUCCACGUGGGUGGGUGCGUCUGCCCUUUCCAGCUAUAUGGUCAAUACGAGAGGUGUGGACCUGUCGAGGUUUAUGGCUGGUAAAUGCGAUAUAUACAGUACCGUAGCUCUGAUUGGCUGGAGCCCUGUGUUUACCCACUAGCUAAUUAUAAAGGAUACUUUACGUGAGUGGGUGCGUCUGCC